AGGAUUUUACCUAUUUUUAAAAUUGAAGGGAACUCAGUGUCGUCAACUUCAUUUGGGUUCUGCCUGCGGACCGAAGAGGCAAAACCUCAGAAGGGCGUAAGUUGGUGCCUCUUCCUACAAGCCCGUGACGCACUCACACUCCGGGUUGCUGGACGACACAGCCGUUGGGCAAUCUUCCCAUCUCUCACCGCCCAGGCGGCUACGCGAUGGUAUAUAUAACUUCAUGGGACGAGUUCGUUGAAAAAUCCGUGCAGCUGUUUCGAGCCGAUCCUGAAUCUACGCGGUACUCCAUGAAAUAUCGACAUUGUGAUGGGAAAUUGGUGCUCAAGGUUACUGAUAAUCGGGAGUGUCUCAAGUUUAAGACAGACCAGGCACAGGAGGCUAAGAAGAUGGAAAAGCUCAAUAAUAUAUUUUUCACUUUGAUGGCCCGGGGUCCUGAAGUGGAUAUCUCAGAAGUUGCUGGAAAAGAACAGAUGGAAGCACAGCCUGCCAAGAAAGGAAGGGGAAGGAAACAAUAAAAAAUUGGUUUCUCAGAUUGUUUGAAAGAGUAUGACAAAAUACAAAACUUGUGAAUGAUCUGAAAGUUUUGUCAUUGAACCAUGAAACGUUUUUUUUGGAAAUGUGCUAAUUUGCCAAUUCAUUUA